GUGGCUGUUUAGUAAAAGACUUUUGGACGACAGCAUUGUUGUCUGUGCAGCAGAAUGUUACAGAAUUCAUUAGACCUGUGUGGGUUUUGUUGUUAUUUUGGAUCUUAUCCCUUACAAGCAGCAGUUGUUCAGGUUCCUAAACAGUGUGGACCAUGAGGACAUUGAAACAAGAGACCAUAAAGCUGGAGCUGCAGAGGAGAGGGCUGCCAACUUGGACAUCCACACCAACAUGUUGCUAAGGCUGUGUCACAGGGCUGGUUUGAGUUCCUCCCUCUCCAUGUGCGUGUUUGUCUCCCAGUAAGAUACUGAACCAGGCAGUACUCGUCAAUCACCUGUGAAGAGCAGCAUUUCAUCCCAGCGGGUUUACCUGAUUAUAUUUUUGAGAUGAAGUUUUGUAGUGCUUAUGGCUGUAAUAAUGGGAGAAAAUACAGAGGAAGCUGGCAUCGUUUCCCUAAAAAUCCUGAGCGUAGAAAAGCAUGGACUCAGGCUUUGCGUCGCAAGGGAUGGGAACCGGGUAAGCACACUGUCAUCUGUGAAGAUCACUUUGAAGAAGACCAAUUUGAAAUUCCUAAUUUGAUAAUGCAAUCCAUCGGUUUCAAACCGCUGGUAAGAAGACUGAAGCCGGAUGCCAUACCCACCAUUUUCUCAUUUAAGCCCAAGCUUACACAACGUUCCACUUCAGCCGUACACAAGCAUGAAAGAUUAAAGAUUCUGCAGGAGGCUGGCCUGCUGUCAAAUGGUAGUACUUCCACAUCCAAACAAAACCAUGAUGAAGAACAACAUUUUGUAACAGCGCAGACUAUUGGAGGCUUUCCAGAAGGCAACGAAGAAUGCAGUGGUCAAGCUGUCAGCAACGUGUUUGAUCGUGAUUACUGUGGCACCUCAGCGACUAUGGUCCGUCCCUCCUGCAUGUCAUCCUCCAGUCAGACUCUGUUCCCGGUGCCAAAAGCCUUUGAAGAUGUUGCUGUUGAGUUUUCAGGAGAGGAGUGGGCGAUGCUGAAUAAACAGCAGAAAGAGCUACACAGAGAAGUGAUGAUACAGAACUACGAGAAUAUGAUUUCUGUAGGGUUUAACAUCCCAGUGGAUCAUCUUUUGUUAUUUAUUAAGAAAGAAGAAACAGAUCCAUCUGAUGACACAAUAGCAGGAAUGGAGGUUCAGCGAAGGCAUCUUCCGGAUAACAAUGUUAACAUCAGCAGGAAUUCAGAUUUCAUUGCAACUCUGAGUCAGUGGUCAUCAAAUUGGAAAUUGCAUAAAUCUGUAUGUGACAGCACUUCGCUAGAUAAGCUGUCCAUCGGAGGUCAUGAUCCAGUGUGGACUGAAAACAGACAGCGUAACUACAUGGAAAGUAAUGAAGUAUUUAGCAAAGAUCGUGCACAAGAAAUGCAUCUGCAUAGUCAUGGCGAAGAACAGUCAUGUAAUUGGGUUAACUGCAGUGACAUUUUUAUUAGCAAAGUAGCUGUAGAUCUGCUAAAUCCCAGAGAAGGACAAAAUGCCUUGGUGGAACGUGACCACAUAUUCAGUGAUGAGAGACUUUAUGAAUAUACCACUCAUGACAUGGGCUUUAGACAUAACAGUCCAGCAGUACAUAACAUUUUUCGUACUGAGUCAAAACCUUUUAAUUGUACCACAUACAACAAGGAUUUUAUACAAAUGUCAUAUAUGGAAAAACAUAAUUUAGUCCAUAGCAGGCAAAAGCAUAAUAAUGACUCCAUGUGUGCUAAGGGUCCUGUGUGUAAGAAAUAUUUAACAAUGCGUAAGAGAAUACGCAGUGGACAGAAGCUUUCUGACUCUGCCACAUGGGACAAGAUUAGUCAACACAAGGAUAAGAUGGCAAAACAUCAGUUAGAAAACAACGGGCAGAGACCAUAUAAAUGUCCCACUUGUAGUAAGAGUUUUACACAGAAGAGUCACCUAAUAAGACAUCAAAAUGUCCACACCGGACACAAACCCUAUAAAUGUAAUUCAUGUGGAAAGGGUUUUACUAGUACAGUAAGUCUGAAAGCACACCAGUAUAUCCAUAGUGGGCAUAAACCCUAUAAAUGUGCCACAUGUGACAAAGGUUAUAUAAAGAAAUGUAGCUUAAUAUUACACCAGAGUAUCCAUACUGGGCAAAAGCCUUAUAAAUGUACCUUAUGUGCCAAGAGUUUUACAGAAAAGAGAUCGUGGCUAGCACAUCAGACUAUCCACAGUGGAGAAAAACCAUAUCACUGUACCACAUGUGGCAAAAGUUUUGCACAGAAACGAUAUAUGCUAAAACAUCAAGUAUUACACACUGAGCAGAAACCACAUAACUGUCCCAUUUGUGACAAGGGUUUUAUAAAUAAGACAAGUUUGACAGUGCACCAGCUUAUCCACACCGGGCUCAAACCUUAUAAAUGUGCCACAUGUGGCAAGGGUUUUACACAGAAGGGUGGCAUGAUAAAACACCUCUAUGUACACACUAGACAGAAACCAUUUACAUGUGCUACAUGUAACAAAGGGUUUAUAUGUAAGGCAAGUUUAACAGCUCAUGAGAUAUUCCACAGUGGACAACGGCCCUAUAAAUGUGCCAUUUGUGACAAGGGUUUUACUGCUAAGCAGUAUUUGAUGGCACAUCAGAAUAGUCACACUAAACCCUAUAAAUGUACCACAUGUGGCAAGGGUUUUUCUCAGAAGCGUUACUUGAUAAAACAUGAACAUAUUCACACUGGUCAUAAACCAAGUCAGAAAAAAGGACACACUUCUUGUUUUAACUUACAGCUUCGGGGUGAUCGACUGGCUCCAAAACGAGCUGGACAAGCGUGAUAGGAAAACAAGAAAACUGCUUUCAGCUCAUAAAAUGAUACUAAAGAACCAGUGUUUUCCAAGGUUAUAUAUCUCUCUGUCUGAAGGAGGUCUUAUUGGUACUGACUACACUUGUAGAGCGGUGAUUAUGCGAUUGCAUACAUAUGGAAAAUAUAUUGGUAUCAUCAGAUUGAAACACAUUGAAAGUUAUAAAACAUGAAAAAAAUAAGUCUAAGAUGUUGCCUUUGUUUAGGUUAACAGAAGCCUUUAGGAAAGGAGCAGCAUUGGAAAUCAAUCCAGAAGUGGACAAAUAAACACGUACCAACAGAAAGUACAAAAAAAAGCAAAAUAAGUAAUACAAAAAAACACAAUCAGGAAAA